GGUCAUUGGGGCGAAGGGCGGCAAGAUUGAGUUCAUGAUCGCCACGUCGGACGUCGCAAUCUGGUAUACCGACAAGGCUCCCGAAUUCAAGGCGACCUUCAACGCACCCAGGAUGCCGAAACAAAAACAGGGUGACGCCUGCUUCAUCCCCGGUCCCGGCGUCGCUCUCGGCAAGGACGGCACGACGCCCAUCGGUGAUCAGUACGAAAAGGUCUACCCGCAGAACCUCGACGGCUUCCGGUACGUGUUCAGCUUCGGGUUGGACGGGUACCAGGAGGGUAGCAAGUUCGCUGCCAAGGGAGUGCUGGCUGAUGGUGAUCAGCUGUAUUUGAGGAAUCUGAAGACAAACGAACGCAUCGAUGUGAAGCUCGACUCCGACUUCGACUACACCCUGGAAGCGCCCCCGAACACGAACUUCGUGCUCUACUUCAUCGGAGCCCCAAAGCCCAACCGCUCGCGCACCUUCAAGCUUUCCUUCACGGCCAAGCAA